AUGAAUCGUCCUCCGCCGGUGGACACCCAUUUCCAUGACCAUGUCAGCCCUGCGCCGAGUCUCGACCUGUCGGGCUCGCAUUUUAUACCAAAGAGAAGGGAUACAGAACAGAUUGCAUACUCUUCCCCCAGCAGAGGAGCGCAGAGACCUGCUUUCCACCGUAAUUUCUCCAAGCCUACGCAGCUAUUGUUAAACUCGACGGAAAACUACUCGCUUCUUCAUGGCAUCCUUGCGGACGACGAGUCCAGGAGGAUCUUCUACUUUAUGAUACUGAAUCUCUGCUUCAUGGUUGUCCAGUCUACAUAUGGAAUCCUGACAGGCUCCUUGGGCUUGAUCAGCGACAGCAUACACAUGUUCUUCGACUGUGUGGCGCUGCUCGUCGGCGUUUGUGCAGCCGUCAUGAGUAAAUGGCCCCCGAGUCUCAAGUUCCCCUAUGGAUAUGGCAAAGUCGACACCCUUGCUGGCCUAGGCAAUGGAAUUUUCCUCAUGCUGAUCAGCGUCGAAAUCGUUUACGAAGCCAUGGAACGGUUGUUUUCCGGGGCGGACGUCAGUCGGACCAUGGAAUUGUUGAUCGUCAGCACUAUAGGUCUUUUCGUCAACCUUGUAGGCAUAUUCGCCUUUCAUGGACUGCACGAUCAUGGUCACGACCACGGCCACGGCCACGGCCACAGCCAUGAGGAGCACGAUCACUCUCAUGACCACCACGAUCACGAUCACGAUCACGAUCACGAUCAUCACCACUCUCAUAAUCACGGUGAUUCAGACACUCCAUUGACGGCGUCGGCCUCGCCGAUGAAGGGCGGUAAAGCCGCGACCGGACACCAUCACCACGGAAGCGAGAACAUGCAAGGCAUUUAUCUUCACAUCAUGGCCGAUGCUCUUGGCUCCGUUGCCGUCGUCGGGUCUACGUUGCUUGUGCGCUGGACCGGGUGGAGCGGCUGGGACCCUCUCGCCUCGUGCAUCAUUGCAAUUCUCAUCUUUGCAUCGACCAUCCCCCUCGUCACGUCGACCACAAAGAUUCUUCUUUUAUCCCUCAACUCCGACAUCGAGUACAACCUGCGCGGUAUCCUCAGUGGCGUCGCCGAGAUUCGGGGCGUGGUAGGCUACACCGUGCCCAAAUUCUGGCUGGAAGACACCAAAAAGGAGCCAGGAGGUCAUCAUCAUCACGGACAUUCUCAUGACCACCACGGCCACUCUCACAAAGACAGCGAUGGUAAAUGUACCAGUGGCGGGGACGAUCCCACAGUCCUCGGCGUGAUUCACGUCACUGCUUCCCAGACCGCGGAUCUCGAGGAUGUAAGGGAGCGAGUGAAUAUGUAUCUCCGCACCCGCAAGAUGGACGUCGUAGUUCAGAUGGAACGUGAGGGUGAGCAUAAAUGUUGGUGUGGCAAUGGUCAGAAAUCAUGA